AUGUCAGGCACUUCUCCACCAGCGGGCCUAGAGUCCCUUCUCCGGUCCAAGGUUCCAGCGGGCUCAUACGAGGCAUUAUGUUCCUCGGUGCUGCCCGCCAUUGUGGACGGCAUUGCCGCCAUUGCAAAGUCGCUGCGGUCCUCGCACCAGGUCGCGCUGGCCGGCAGCGCCAACGCCUUUGGUGAUGACCAGCUCAACGUCGAUGUCGCGGCCGAGAACAUUGUCCGUGCGGCCGCGGCCAAGUGCCCCGCCGUCGUCACCGCGAGCAGCGAGGAGGAGCCAGUUGAGCGAUCAACCCGUGAGGGCGAGGAUGCCACUGCCGCUUCUGCCGGCGAGCAGUACACCUUUGCCUUUGACCCCCUGGACGGAAGCUCCAUCAUUGCCCCCAAUUGGUCCGUUGGCACCAUUAUCGGCAUCUGGGAGGGUCUAAGUGCUCUGCACCAGGCGCCAGCAACUCGACAAGUCGCGGCCGUAUUAGGCGUAUACGGUCCUCGUACGACAGCCAUCAUUGCACUGCGGGUGCCAGGAGCAGAGGGAGUCUGUAUCGAGGUUGGUGUGGGCGAGCAAGGCGUUCAGGACUGCCAGGUGAUUCGAGAAAGCGUGCGCCUCCAGGCAUCACCGCCCUUCAAGACGCGUUACUUUGCUCCAGCCAACCUACGUGCGGCCGCCGAAGACAGCAAGUACGCCGCGCUGGUCAACCACUACAUCUCCAACAAGUACACGCUGCGAUACAGCGGUGGCCUCGUGCCCGACGUUGUCCAUGCCCUCGUCAAGAGUCACGGCUUAUACGUCUCGCCCGUCACUGCGGCCAGCAAGGCCAAGCUGCGCCGCCUCUACGAACUCUUUCCGUUGGCUCUCAUUGUGGAGUGCGCUGGUGGCAAGGCUGUCGACCCUGUCGACGGGAGCGAUAUUCUCUCCAAGUCGUCCAAAGACACAGACGAGCGGGGUGGUUUGAUCUGCGGAACUGCUGAGGAGGUCGACUUUGCGGCACAAUCAUUGCUGGCAUGA